AUGUUGCUCAAGGCAUCUCCCGCGCUUUCUCUCUUGAGCUCCGGCGGAGGAGAUCAGUUUCCUCCGUCCAGAAAUUCGUCGAAUCUUCUGUUUCCUUCGCGCGCAUGUCGUGGAUCUACGUUCUCUGUUCGGGCGGCGAAAGGAACGAAUAAGUCGUUAACCGGAAUUGUGUUUGAGCCUUUUGAAGAAGUGAAGAAAGAAAUGGAUCUCGUUCCCUCUACGCCUCUGGUUUCUCUCGCUCGACACAAAUUCGCCGAUGAUUCCGAAUCUGCGAUUAACGAUCAGAUCAACGUGGAGUACAAUGUCUCAUACAUCUAUCAUGCACUGUACGCUUACUUUGACAGAGACAAUGUGGGCUUGAAAGGUUUCGCCAAGUUCUUUAACGAUUCGAGUCUUGAAGAAAGAGGUCAUGCCGAGAAGUUUAUGGAGUACCAGAACAAGCGUGGCGGGAGAGUGAAGCUGCAGUCUAUUUUGAUGCCCUUCUCUGAGUUUGAUCACGAAGAGAAAGGAGAUGCAUUGUAUGCGAUGGAGCUUGCGCUUUCUUUGGAGAAACUUACAAAUGAAAAGCUUCUCAAGUUGCAGAGUGUGGGUGUGAAGAACAACGAUGUUCAGCUGGUUGAUUUUGUUGAAUCCGAGUUUCUAGGCGAGCAGGUGGAAGCUAUCAAGAAAAUCUCAGAGUACGUUGCACAGCUGAGAAGAAUUGGAAAGGGUCACGGAGUUUGGCAUUUUGAUCAAAUGCUUCUGCAUGAGGAGGAUGGUGUCCCGGUUCUAAGGGCGGCUUUGCCGCGAAGAGAGAGAGCCUGUCGUCUGAGGGCGGCUCUGACGCGAAGAGAAAGAGGCACGAUGUUCGCCAUGCCCAUUCAUAGGGACGCUAUUGAUAACCGCAUCGAGCUGGAGCUGCUUAAAUGGGGUAUGAACUACGAGCCUCCAGCUCCUUUGUUGCUGAUUGGAGGGGAUGAAGACUACUUGCCGAUUGUAAUGGAGCUAGUCAAUUGA